AUGACUGGAUUUGUUUUAAUAUUUUUAGCAGGCCCUUCGCAUUUGCACUCAGUGUUCUUCUCCGUAUUUCUCAUUGUUCACUUGCAGCGUUAUCGACAAGUCAUUGAAACAAUGACGAUUUCAUACGAUGAAGAAUUCUCGUCGUUAAUGCUUCGAUGGCGUGGCUCGAUAUGGAAGGCCGUGCUUAAAGAUUUGAUAGCCUUUUACGUCGGUUACUACGUUAUUCUCGCUGCUCAGUGGUAUGCACUGGAUGAAAAGCAGAAGGAGUACUUCACCGGUUGGAUUCACUGGUGUGAAAUUGGACUGCAGUAUAUUCCACUUUCAUUUCUUCUCGGUUUCUUCGUUUCAGUAAUCGUUGCCAGAUGGUGGGAGCAAUUCAACUGGAUCUCAUGGCCUGAUAAGAUGAUGAUGAUGGUCUCUGCAUGCCUACCUGGUAGGGAAAAUUUGUUAAUCCGUCAGGCGAUAGCAAGGUGGUCGUCACUUCAGGCAGCCGUAGCGUGGUCAGGAGUUUCAGUUCGUACAUUGAAACGAUUUCCCACCGAGAGACAUAUGGUGGAGGCAAAGCUGAUGACUGAAGAGGAAUACGAAAUGUACACGAAUUGCUACGCUCCGCAUGGAAAAUGGCAAGUGCUUUUGAAACUAAGGGAGGGUAAGAUAAACGAAUUGGUGUGGAUGUUUGUCCCGAUUAUUUGGAUAGUGAAUCUCAUCAAGAAACAAUACGCCGCUAAAAAAAUCGACACCAUCCAAAUGGAUAUGCUUCUAAGACAGGUAUACAGCUACCGCGACGGCUUCGCUAUGUUAUUCGUGUACGACUGGGUAAAAAUACCACUCGUCUACACCCAGGUAGUAGCAAUAGCGACCUAUGGUUACUUCUUCAUUUGCUUGAUUGGGCGACAACCGAAAUUGGACCAAAAGUCAAUGGAAAAGGAGAUCACCAUAUUAUUUCCAAUCUUUACAACGUUCCAAAUGUUGUUCUAUCUCGGUUGGCUAAAAGUCGGGCAGUUCCUGAUGAAUCCAUUCGGAGAGGAUGACGAUGACUUUGAGCUUAAUUACGUGCUUGAUCGCAAUACCUGUAUUGCUCACAUGAUGGCUACGGAGUUAGCUGACCAGUGCCCAGACGUUGGAGCUCCGAUGGAAAAACUCAUCCCACAUACAAGAGCGUCAUUCAAGAUUCAGGACGUGAUUCCUAAAUCACAUCUGGCUACAUUUAAGUUAAGCGAAAAAGAAAUGAAGUUGAUAAAACCGGAAGACAUCGAGGAAACUGAGAAAUUGGUUGCUGAAAAAAAGGGCCAACGACAACGACAUGGAUUUCUGGUUAGAGCCAUGGAUGAGGCAAAAAGGUGGAAGAUUCCAUCAGAGCGCUUUGCAGUCACUCAGCCGUUGAAACUGAGAAUGAGUGAACGAUUUCUUGAAAGUACGAUCGGUCCGGAGAAAGGCGGAUGUCGGGAAAGCUAUCCUGAAAUACCAGUGAAGCUUAAACCACAUCAGCUAAUAAGAAAACUAAGUGUCAGUUCAAGCCUCGUUCCAAGUGUCAAGGAAGAAGCUGGAAAUGAGGAGGACAGUGUAGAAUCUCCUGUUCUCACCGCCAAAGGAUCUGAAGCAAAUGACUUGGAGGAUGAGAAUGAAAGCGAUGAUUACGAUAAUGAUGAUGAGAUUGGCGUUGAAUGGGAGGACACUGUUGUACCUCAGGACUGCUAG